ACACUUUACGAAAUGGGUCAGUUCCUGAUUGCCUACCAGCCGCCGAUGCGCCAACUGACUCAGAUUCUCCUCAACCUGGGUAUAGAGACACCGGGAACUCCUGGAGAUCCGCUGCCAGACGUCAAGACUUUAAUUCCCGCCUCCCCGCCGGAGGAGAGUGCCUCGGCCAAGAAGUAA